AUGAAUGACGCGAAGUACUCCAAUUACAGCGCGAUUUUGACGUACGGUCCGUACAUCAACAGCAUUCUGCUCAACCUGGUUCACUACUUUCUGCCCGUGUAUUACGGCGAUGUGAAGCUGUACAAGCCCAAAGUGGGAGCUACGCGCGAGCCGUUCGAGACGCGCUGCACGAUCACGUUGCAGUCGAAUUUGCUGCUGCGAGUCCCAUUCCAGGCGUCGACGAGCGUUGUGGUGACGCCAGAUAACCCGCUGUUCGAUUUGAAACGAGCGAAAGAGGAAGUGCGGUCGGUGGAGGGACCGAUCAGCGAGAGCAAUCAGCACGGAUUUGAAUCGAAAUCGCUGUUUUUGGAGUUUCGGAAGGGAACGGUGAUCGAAGUGACGAUCCCGAAUAUUCUAUUGAAGGAAUCGGACAACGUCACGGCGUUCCGCGUGCGAAGCCAGAACGUGACGGUGAAAGACCCGCAAUACAUCGACUCUGUGAUUCAAAUCAAGUCGAUGGACAUCGAUUAUCUAAUGGAAUACCCGCUCUCCUUCACCGGGCUGUACAAAACGCAGAUCAUCGUGAAGAUCGAUGGGUUCAAAAUGACGUUCUAUUACACGUUCGUGAACAUGGUGAUCGACCUGCUCGCUGGGUUCGGCAUGUACGCCAAUCACGCCUACGAGUAUUUUUGCAAAAGCGAAAACAUUUAUUCCGUGUCCGUCUCCGAUGUCAGCCUCAUCAUUCCCACAGUGGAAGACAACGUCGUGAACGACGUUACGCUCACUGAUCAAUACGACUAUCUCCAAUUCACCCUCUCCUCCUUCGCCGUCACCAUCUCGGCUCCGCAGCUUCACUACAACGCGCUGACCACCUUUGCGUUCUCCAUUCUGCUCGGCGACAUGUCGAAUGACCAGGGCAAAUACCCGAUCGUGGUGUCAUUCAGGCCGCAUCGACGCAAUCCCGUGGGGCAGAUUCGAAAUGGAGACGGCGAGCACACGACGGAUUUCUUGGGCUGCCAGUACAUUCAGAUUCAAGGCGAAUACAACGCGCAUCCGGAGGUCUCCGAUGACGUUUCGGAUUCGAUUUAUAUGUCGAUUGGGAUCGAUUCCCCGCGGUUAAUCUUCUACGGCGAGGUCUAUUCGCAUCUGUUCAAUCUGAUCAAUAAUAUUUUGGGUGUGAAUCAGUACGUCAUCACGGAAGAAGAGUACGCGGCCAUGCAGAACAACAACCGAAUGGCGUUCUAUCUGAAGUAUCUGAACGAUUUCCGGAAGCAUAAGGUGAAUAUUCUCACCUCGUUCACAACGAUCACGUUAACAGAAGUCCGCAUCGAGCUGCCGGGCGAGUUAUUCAUUCCUUCGGCUCUGCAGUUCGCGCCUUCGCAUCACGGCGAUUUGUCGAACCCGAUGAUUCGCGAGCCCAGCAAAGACAACUCGAUUUUGUGCUCGCUUUCGUCGUGUAGCGUGGAGUUCGCAACGAAUCCUUCGGUUUUGGAUAUGAAUCUAUCGACCACGCCCAUCAAUAUUAUUAUUCCAUGCGUUGAGAACACUCCCUUUUCCACUCCCAAUCAGAAUCUUCUCACUCUCGAUCCGAUUCACAUCCAUCUAAAGCAGCUAAAUAACGCCUAUGCGUUCUAUCCAAUCAUCACGUACUAUCGAAAAUGCGAUGCGGAUAUCGGCCAAUUGAAUGGAUCGCUGAGUGCCCAAUCGCUGAAUCACGCUAUAAAUCAGAUCGAUAACUGGCUCUUCUCUUUUGACGCUGCGAUGAAUGCAGAUCGCGUCCAAUCGCAGUUUCUGGGGUAUUUGAGCGUCUCGCUGAAUUCGCUGCGGCUUUUCACUCCGUUUAUUCCGUCGACCGAUGAAGUGGUGUCUGUGUACGUCACCAUGGUUUUCGAUGAGCAAUUCUACUGCACGUAUUCGAAGCAAGCCGAAGGAGUCAAGCUAAAAAAGAAGGGAACGUCCGAGCUGGUCUGCGACCUCCACGCCGAGCAUUCGUUCAAUGUCUACACUCUCGACCGCGUCUUCUACGUCUAUCUCUUCAUCAUCACGCGAUCCUCCUUCCGCAAAUGCAUCGGAAUCGGGAAGGUGGACAAUCUCGCGCUCCUCGCCGUGAUGAAAAAGCAGGAGACGCAGUCCAUCUUGUUCUUCCCGAAUUGUGGAUACGACACACGAUCGAGCAGUCCGAUCGCUGCUGCGGACAUUAACUACGAUUACAAGCCGAAACUUCCGAAAGUACUGCCCGUUCCGACGGUUCCCAUGAGACAGUAUCGCGAAUAUGGGAUUCGGUCUGGAUCGUGCGUGAUUCAUUUGGACGAGGAUGACGGGAACUCGGUGAAGAUCGAUAUGAACAACGAGAAGGAAGGCGAGGGCUCGCCGAAUAUCGUGGAGUCGCUGAAUGCUGCGAUCGACGAAUUCGACAAUUUGGGAACGCGGAGCAAAACGUUCGGCUAUGUGUCCACGCCGGAAUCGAUGAUCUCGAUGGAUCGAAUGAACGAGAAUUAUGACUUGGCGAUGCAUUACAUGUUCCGCUUUAUGAUUUCGGACAUCAAAGUCGGCAUUCCUUCGGUGACUGUCUUGGUCAGUUAUCCGAACUCCAUUUGCAAAUCCAUCCCAAUGAAGCUGAUUCGCUAUUCCUCGCUGAGCAACGUGUUUUUACUCUCCAUCCCCAACCCCAUUUCCGUCAAAUUCGAUACCAUCAUCACGCUCUCUUCGCGAUCUCGCCUCAUCGUCAACGUUCCCACGCUCGUUCUGCGCGUAUUGAAAGGCGUCGACUACGUCUCGGGACCGACGUCCUCAUUAAAAGAUUCUAUCACUUCCCCAUCCGAAAACGAGCAAACUCUUCUCGAUAGCUUCAGCCAUCAACGCUUCUUAGGGAUCGGCGAAGUGCUCUGCACGAUGCGAAUCGCGAUGUACUGCCUUCUCCAUUUCCCCGAUCGAUCAUACAGCAGUGGCGUCGAAAUGCGCGAGUCUUCGCUCCAGAAAGCGUUUAUUCAGGCCGUCGAUCGCUGCCGAUUGCUCACGCAGCGAAACCGCGGCAUGGCGCUGGACUGUCAUUACAACGAAUACAGCAAUCACUACAAUCUCUGCAACGAUCUCGCGCGCCGAAUCAAAGAAGCCGUGGGCGGAAUCCACUCCGCAGCGAACAUCCAGCUUCGCCAGCAGUUUAUUAUGCAGUUCAGCAACAACGAGUCCAGCCAAGUGCCAUUGGUUCGCGCGCAUUCGCAGCGUUUGUCGCAGAAUUUCGGAUCGGAGGAGGAUCAGCGCGCGCUGUUUGAGUCGCUGAAGAAGGCGGGCGAGCCGCUGAGUUUGUCGCAGACGGGUGAAUUCGAUGCGAUUAGCGAUGAAAUGGAGUCGAUUCUGAGCACGUCGGAGGACGAGUUCGAAAGCAUUAGAGACAGCAGUGAGGAGGAACGCACCGUCACGUUUGAGAGCAUCGACGAGUCCAGCGAAAGCGGUGGGAGACUGGGAGGACUAAUGAUCGAUCUCCCGGUGGAGCGACAGGAGCAAGAGGAGGAAAUGGACGAAUCGAUCCUCAGCGACGUGCUGUGCGAAUGGUCGGUUUCCUACAUGCCGCGUUGUGGCGUGCAGUCGGCGAAAAGCCUUCACGACCUUCGAUCGUAUGCAAAUGCGUUCACGACAUUCCUCGAAGUAGAACGAACGCAUCCGAGUGAAUUUGUAGUGUAUUGGAUCGGAGGAAACACCAGCAAGAUCCCCAACAACACGGUGAAUCCCAACCUAUUCGACCAGCUCUACAAUCUCUCUCACGUUUUGCUGACCGAAAACGAUGCGAUGGAACGACCGACGAACAAGCCUCGCUCUGUGACGGACACGAGCUUCUAUCCGUCGACGGUACGCCUCCAGAAGAGAAUGAACUUCGACGACAACACGCGAAUCACCGUCUCCGAAGAUUUGCUGGACGUGCUGAGCGACCUGGCGGACAUUCCAAUGAACGAGCCAGUUUCCUCGAUUUCGGUGCUGAGUCGAUGGAGCAAGCGCUAUCUCCGAUCGCAGAUGCCGCUGCCCGCAAGCGAGGAUUAUCAAUUCCAGUACAACGUGACGAGCGGGCAACAUCCGCUUUCCGCCGCGAAGAAAACGAAUCUCAUCGUAACGGGCAGCAAAAUCAACAUGGACGCACUGUUCCGAACCGAAGAACGACCUUCCUGCUCUCCCUACAACCCUUCCUUCGCGCCUCCCAAAUCGCAGCAGCUCUCUCGAAGCGGCAUGCACUUGCUCAUCAUGGGUCUGGAGAUCGAGAACAUCAUCUACAUCAACCGAACGCUCGACGAGGACUUCAUGAAGGAGAUCUCGCGCAUCAACAACACGCAGAGCUCGCAGCGCGGCGUGAACGUGCAGAAAUCGCCGGAACUUCACGAGGGAAAUUUGGGCUCGCAGGUUGUGAAAGUGAGCAACGUGAAAGUGUGCUGCAACUACCAGCUCGUUGCACCGCAUUACCUGAAGGAAACGAACUUGAAACCGCUGCGAUUGAGUCCGAUGAUUCUGAAUAUCGGGCUGAUCAAUCUGAACUCGAAGUCGUCGUUGAGCCUGGAAAUGAAAUCGCGUGCAAAUAACGACACGGCGGUGGUGAAGAACGAGAAGUUCAACAUCCAGAUGGAGAACGUGACGCUCAAGUUCAGCUGCGACAUGCUGAUUCAAUGCAUGCAGCUCUUGGAGUUGAGGCAGGAAACGUCGGAUGUGGUGAUGCGAAUGGGCGUUGUGCAGGCGAUCGAAGAGAUCGUGAUGAAGCUCCGGAUGACCAGCGCGUGCGAGCGCUAUCAGCAGUCCUUCCUUCAGUACGGACUGCUUCAAAACGUGAUUGUGGGAUGGAGAGAUGAUGGAUAG